CCACAUCCACCAUGGCCUCCUUCGUCGCCCGCUCUGCUGUUGUGGCCAAGCCAGCCCAGACUGCGGCGUAUUCCAUCCUCGCCAGGUCGGCGGCUGCUACGUCGAAGAGGUCUACGGUCACGGGUACGCGUGGCGUGAAGACCCUCAACUUUGCGGGCACCGAUGAGGUCGUGUACGAGCGCAGCGACUGGCCGCUCGCCAAGCUCCAGGACUACUUCAAGAACGACACCCUCGCCCUCAUUGGCUACGGUUCGCAGGGCCAUGGCCAGGGUCUCAACGCGCGCGACAACGGCCUCAACGUCAUCGUCGGUGUUCGCGAGGGCGGCGAGAGCUGGAAGCAGGCGCAGGAGGACGGCUGGGUGCCCGGCCAGACGCUCUUCCCGAUCGAGGAGGCGAUCAAGCGCGGAACGAUCGUCAUGAACCUGCUCUCGGAUGCGGCUCAGUCGCAGACAUGGCCGACGGUCGCGCCGCUGAUCACCAAGGGCAAGACGCUCUACUUCUCGCACGGUUUCUCCGUCGUGUACAAGGACGACACGCAUGUCGUGGCCCCGAAGGACGUCGACGUCAUCCUUGUCGCGCCCAAAGGCUCCGGCCGCACCGUGCGCACGCUCUUCAAGGAGGGCCGUGGCAUCAACUCAAGUGUUGCCGUGUGGCAAGACGUCACGGGCAAGGCUAAGGAGAAGGCGGUCGCUCUCGGUGUGGCCGUCGGCUCCGGUUACAUGUACGAGACGACCUUCGAGAAGGAAGUGUACUCUGACCUGUAUGGCGAGCGUGGUGUGCUCAUGGGGGCCAUCCAAGGUCUCUUCUGCGCGCAGUACAAGGUGCUCCGUGCUAACGGCCACACGCCGUCUGAGGCGUUCAACGAGACCGUCGAGGAGGCCACUCAGUCGCUCUACCCGCUGAUCGGCCAGCACGGCAUGGACUACAUGUACAACGCGUGCUCGACGACCGCGCGCCGCGGUGCGCUCGACUGGGCGAAGGUCUUCGAGGAGACGAACACGCCGCUGUUCGAGAAGCUCUACCAGAGCGUGCGCGACGGCACGGAGACGCGCCGGAGCCUCGAGUUCAACAGCCGAUCGACGUACCGCCAGGACCUCGCGAAGGAGCUCAAGGAGAUCGACGACCAGGAGAUCUGGAGAGCCGGUACGUCGACAUUCACCCUGCAUACAAAGCGUGAGGCAAGGUCGUGCGCUCCCUCCGUCCCGACAACCAGUCGUAAGGGGUAUGGGUCGUUCGCGGAGCUCUGUGCUCCGACCUAAAAGCAUCACGAUGCACUGCUUGAUUUUACCUACUUGUUUGCUUACGCGAGAGACGUCAAAGAGUGGAAGUACAAUAGAGGUGAAUAAUGCUCUGCGAAGUUCACGUAUCCCCGAUGUGCGAGUGUGUGGCCCACAGGACUAGCGAACGCGCCGCCGUAAAAAAUGCGCAUUGAGUGUAGUGAACGUCCGAACGUCGUAUUGUUCACGUUUGACGAAGCAGAGGCCUGUUGCGACGUUGAAAUUGUACUUGUGGGGUUCCUUCCGGAGUCACUGGCCGAUGAUGUGUGCACGCCCUUACUUAUACGACCCACCCAACCACGUCUGUCUAGAGCAAAAUAGGCGUAUGCGGCGGCAACAGUA